UAUAGGCUACUGCGCAGCAUGAAAAUAAAAGCGUUUUAUUUCCAGUGUUUACUUUCAGCGGGAGAAUUGCGAGUUGUCUGUAACGCAGUAAAACUCCAGGAAACAAGUGAAAUCUGUGUGACACUGUUGUAAAGAUGUUUAUUAAAGAGGAGAGUGAAGAUAUGGCUUAUCCAGAAGCAUGCAGAAUUAAAACCGAACACACUGACGAACAAACAGACAUGCUGGAAAUUAAAGAGGAAAAUGAAGAACCUAUAGAUGUGAAAAUGGAAAGUCAAGAACUGAAUGAAGUGGGGGAACAUCAGAAUCCUGGACCUGGAGAAAUAUCUUUUAGUUGCUCACAGACUGAGAAGAAUUCCUCACAAAACAAAACUCAAGCCAAAAAAUCCUUUACCUGCCCUCAGUGUGGAAAGAGUCUCACACGGAAAGAAAGUCUUAAAAAGCACAUGAGAAUUCACACUGGAGAGAAGCCUUUUAAGUGCCCUGAGUGUGGAAAGAGUUUUAUGCGCAAAGACAUUCUUAACAAGCACAUCAAAAUUCAUACUGGAGAGAAGCAUUUCAAGUGCCCUCAGUGUAGAAAGAGUUUUGCAUGUAAAGAUAACCUUUUGAUACACUUAAGCCUUCACAACGGAGAGAGCCCUUUCACAUGCCAUCAGUGUGGAAAGUGUUUUAUGAGUAAAGACAGUCUUAAAAAGCACAUGAAAAUGUAUUCUGGAGAGAAACCUUUCAUUUGCCUUCAGUGUGGAAAGAGUUUCAAACAGAAUGAUGGUCUUCAGAGACACAUGAGAAUUCACACUGGAGAGAAGCCUUUCAGAUGCCUUCAGUGUGGUAAUAGUUUCAGGUAUAAAGAAUACUUUAAAGUACACAUGAGAACUCACACUGGAGAGAAACCUUUCAGAUGCCAUCAGUGUGGAAAGAGUUUCAGUCGGCCAUACACCCUAAAACAACAUGAGAGAGUGCAUACUGGAGAAAAGCCAUACCACUGCAUUUCAUGUGGGAAAAGAUUCAAACAAUCAAAAUAUUUCAGAAAUCAUAGAAAAGGGCAUUGCCCAGAAUUGUUAUAGUGAGCAAACUGGAGGUAAUGGUGUGUCAUUGGAAUGAAAUUCAGAAAAGACGGGGGGGAAAGUAUUUCUUCAAAAAGCGCAAUUCUAUCAUAAAGGGUCAUUUGCUACAUUGCAUUACCAUGAUCAUGAAUCAGCUUUCAUUCUAUGUAGUAGGAAGUGAAGUUGGGCGAAAUGGCAAAAUUAUUAAAUGGCAGAUUUUCGAAAUUAAAAGAUGAAAUUGUUAUGGGACAGUCUGCAACAAUCAGAGGCAGUUUCACUAAACAGUUUUAGCACAUGAUAUUUCAGUGCAAAUAUCUGCAUCUUAUUCGCUGCAAACUAUUUUAGAAGUGGCAGUCAGCACUGAAAUUGCACUGCAUCUUGAGAAUUCAUUAUCAAUCCUUUCCAUGCAAAAACAUCUUUCUAUGUAAAUAAGACUCAUUGUGUAUUGUGCUUCAUUCACAGAAAUUGUCUGCUGCAAUUUGUGCUACUAUAGCGAAUGAAAUUAUUUGGUAAAUUUAAUUUUAUUUAAAAGAGAUGUUAAAGAAAAUUUUCAACCGAUCAUGUUUGCUGUUAUUUAUUAAAUAAUGAUCAAAUGAUGGAGAAGAGCAUUAUCUGGCUUAUAUAUAUACACGGAUGCGUGGUGUAGACAAGCGCUGUUUCGGCUUGUUUAAGAGAUGAUUAAGGUGAUUGGAUCACAGUGAUGGUGUACCGUCCUGGAAGGGUGUGUCAAAUAUGGUGGUUGGCAGCAUCAUCCGCUAUAUUAAGAUCAGAAUUGCACGUGCAAAUUGCAUUCAGCAACGAUAUGUGGGCAUGUUUACGCCAUUGCUUGAUAUGUCUAAUUACUUAAGUGAAUCGGGCACUAAACCAGUGCGCCAAAAAAACAUCACUUUUACUGGGUGCAAUUUAAUAUUAGUAAAUUCCCCCCUCAGUAUUUCACUUUUCCAUCAGAGGACACCUGUGCUGUAGGUUCUGGGACAGGUGGAAGGGAGGACAGGAACUGAUAGAAGAUGGGAGCUUUGGGAAUAAAAGAUGUCUGCUGUAGCCCCAGAGCUGAUUUUGAAUGAAUAAUGUUCUUGUUCUUUUGUACCCAAAUGCUAUCAUGCAGCGGUUAUUUCUGUUUCUGCUGUUAUUGUUAUCAUUUGUGUCUGUAUGGAAUGUUUUGUGAUUUAGAGUGAAGGUAGUCUCAUAUAAUAGUCAACCGUUAUAUCACAGAGGCCGAUAAAUCGGCCGAUAUUUGGAAUGUAUUAAUUAUCAGCAUUGGACAAUACAUUUUCCCGGUUGGCCGAUUGGUUUAAGGCCACAAGGGUGCAGAGAUUUGCCUGCUUGUAUGUGAAGGAGCGUUUGAGGCAUGUAAACAACCAAUCACAGUUUUUGUUGUUAUGUGCCAUAGUGUUAAUACAAUAAAAGCCCGGUGUGCAACACAGUCUUAUUAAAACGGUCCGCAUAUCAGAGCUACGACGUGUUAAGUGUUGCCUGUUACCUUCUCCAUCUCUCUCCUCAACAGUUCCCUGUAUCUCUUAAUUGUCUUGUCUAAUGGUAAAAAGGCAAAUAUCAAUAAAACUGCAGUUAUACGCCUCGUCUAUCUCGUUUAAACAGAUGAUGUACAAGAAACUCAUGAAAAUAUACAGCGUUUUCUUCCCUUCCAGUGCUCAUCUAAUAUCUUCCUCUGAAGUGCGUAUUCCAUCAGCCAGAAUUAAAAAUUCAGGAUAAGGAUCAAAUGUUCCUCACAACAGACUGGACCCGAACGCAAGGAUCUCGAGAAACACAUUUCCAAGUUGAACAUCUUUCCUGACAAGGCAUUUAAACAACUCAUUGCUUAAUCUUAGAAACGCUUAUAAGAGAGGAAGACGCAAAUGCCAAAGACCUCCACCAACUGUAAAGGUCUGUUCAAACUAUAUGUUUUUCUAUGUAAACACACGCUAGACAAACAUCUUUGUUUCCCUUUGUUUUUGUUUAUUCAGCAUCUCGUGCAGGAGCACUGUUUUUUUAGAUGAAGUCUAAUUAAAAAGAACUUUAAAAGCGCUGUAUUUGUUGCGCUGUGUCUAGCCUUUUUUAGCGCAAGAAUGUGGUCGAUCUGAAGUCAUUGUAUUACAGUGAGGAUAAACAAACUGUAAUUGAAAUCAGAUGCAUUUCUGAUUUGUUUAUAUGUCUCUCUCAGCUGCAUGAAAAUAUUAAUUUACUUUCAUGUCAGCUUUAAAUAUGCAACUUUGCUGGCUAAUGAAUGCAUAAACAUGACCAGCUGGAUAUAAACUAAUGCUAAUAGGUGGUAACAAUUGUGACAUUUAAACAUUUGGAUAGGACUUGCGUGUAUAUUUGUCACAUUGUUCUAACCGCUUGAGGUUAGCUUUAACGUUAACAUCCUCUUAGCCUUGUUGGCAAACACUGCUGUUCUCUACUAAUGCAUCAUCUAGUCAACAAAUUCGUUACUUUAUAAUGAUAUAACAUGUAGUUUACUGUAUACAUACCAUAUAUUGAUGUUUUAAAUCCGCAUCUGAAGUGUUCCACUCGAUGCAGAGUGUAUUCUCACGUGUCAAAACAAACAGCACAAGGCAUCAGUGAAGUGAUUUUUUUUAUUUCACCCCUAGAGGCUGCUCUCAUACUGUAUAAUGACAGCAGACCCUUCCCAGCCGCUCCAGCACAGGUCCCAAUGGGGGGAAAACAAUCGGUGUGGAUUUUUGCUGAUAACCGAUAGUUCCAAAAAUCUGUUAAUGUGCCGAUUAAUCGGCAAAACCGAUAUAUCGGUUGACACCUAGUACUCUGUGCAAUUGGUUUGACUGGGUCUUUUGUGAGAAUUUUAUUAGUAAUGUGCGAAUAAAUUACUAAUGUUCUAUGACUAAAGAGAAAUCAGAAGAAAAUGCCAUCUACCAUUUAAAAUGCAAUCUUAUUUUUGAAAGAUAAUUCAAUAUAAAAAAAGUUUAUUAAUACAACUGAUUAAUAGGCAUUGUAGCGGCCACCCUGCACUCUGGAUAUGGUUAUCGGCUGUUAAAAACCCUUAGCGGUCAACCACUAGUCUCAUAGAAUGUUCUGUGGUAAAAUUAAACUUAUCUCUGUUAGAUUUGCUUCUCCUUUCCAGGUGUCUCACGGUAUAAAACCUGUGUUCACAGUCAUUAAGUUGUCUCUCGUAUAGACCCGGCAAUGCUGUAUGCUUAUCUGCAAAUCUCAAUAAAA